GCGCCGGGCUACCCGGAGCCCCGCGAUGGAGAUGGCAGAGGCGGAAUUGCACAAGGAGAGGCUGCAAGCCAUAGCAGAAAAAAGAAAGAGGCAGACGGAAAUAGAAGGGAAGAGACGGCAGCUUGACGAGCAGGUCCUGCUGCUCCAACAUUCUAAGUCCAAAGUGCUUCGGGAAAAAUGGCUGCUGCAGGGUGUACCGGCGGGAACAGCAGAGGAGGAGGAAGCCAGGCGCCGGCAGUCUGAGGAGGAUGAAUUCAAAGUUAAGCAACUUGAAGAUAACAUUCAGAGGCUGGAGCAGGAAAUACAAGCGCUCGAAAGUGAAGAGUCCCAGAUAUCCGCCAAAGAGCAGAUCAUCCUCGAGAAACUGAAGGAGACAGAGAAAUCCUUCAAGGACUUGCAGAAGAGUUUCUCCACUGCUGAUGGAGCUAUAUACGCCAUGGAAAUUAAUGUGGAGAAAGACAAACAAACAGGAGAGACCAAGAUUCUCUCUGCAUCCACCAUUGGUCCAGAGGGGGUCCAUCAGAGAGGAGUCAAAGUCUAUGAUGACGGUACCAAAGUAGUGUAUGAGGUGCACUCAGGAGGCACUGUGGUAGAAAACGGAGUCCACAAAUUAAGCGCAAAGGAUGUGGAAGAGCUAAUUCAGAAGGCUGGACAAUCGAGCUUCAGAGGACACAUGUCAGAAAGGACUGUUGUUGCAGAUGGGAGCCUGGGCCAUCCCAAGGAACACAUGCUCUGCAAAGAGGCCAAGUUAGAAAUGGUGCAAAAGUCCAGGAAAGAUCAGUCUUCGGGAAACCCCGGGCAACAGGCCCAACCCCCCAGCACAGAAGGGCCAGAGGCAAACCUGGAUCAACCAGUCACCAUGAUUUUUAUGGGCUACCAAAACAUCGAGGAUGAAGAGGAGACUAAAAAGGUGCUAGGCUAUGACGAAACCAUCAAGGCCGAAUUAGUCCUGAUUGAUGAAGACGAUGAAAAGUCGCUAAGAGAGAAGACAGUGACCGAUGUGUCGACGAUCGACGGGAACGCAGCUGAGCUGGUGUCCGGCAGGCCCAUGUCAGAUACCACAGAACCCUCAUCCCCAGAAGGCAAGGAAGAGAGCCUGGCCACAGACCCUGCCCCAGCAUCUGGGUGGUCUACUGUGCUGCUGCAGGGGGAUGAUGUGACUGCAGAUCCCAUAGGAACCAAUGCAGACAUGGCCAUCCAGAAACCUCCCCAGCUUUCUGAGGAUGCUAAACAGCUGAGAAGCAAGCAAGACAACAGUGGUGACAGUCGCCUGGAGCCUGCUGCCAGCUCUCUCUCCCCAGAUCACAAAAACAUGGAAAUUGGGGUGUCGGUGGCAGAAUGUAAAAGUGUACCUGAAGUCACCUCUACCCCCCAUUCCAAGGACCACUCCUCUCCUUUCUAUUCGCCCUCACACAAUGGCCUCCUCACCGAUCACCACGCGUCUUUAGAUAACGAUGUCGCCAGAGAGAUCCAAUACCUAGAUGAGGUCCUGGAGGCCAACUGCUGUGACUCCUCUGUGGAUGGAACUUACAACGGAAUCUCCUCCCCAGAGCCUGGUGCAGCCAUACUGGUAGGCAGCUUAGGCUCACCUACCCACUCAGCCACCGAGGCAGAAUCCACUGAGAAAGCAUCUGGUAGGCAGGCGCCUCCUCACAUCGAGCUCAGUAGAAGCUCCUCUGACAGCAUGGCUGAAGGAGAAAGAGCCAAUGGACACUCCACUGACCAGCCCCAAGACGCGUUGGGGAACAGCCUGCAGGCACCUGCCAGCCCCAGUUCCUCUACCAGCUCCCGCUGCUCCUCCCGAGAUGGGGAGUUCACACUCACCACACUGAAGAAGGAGGCCAAGUUUGAGCUGCGUGCCUUCCACGAGGACAAGAAGCCCUCCAAGCUCUUUGAAGAGGACGAGCACGAGAAGGAGCAGUUCUGCGUCCGGAAAGUGAGGCCCUCUGAAGAGAUGAUGGAACUGGAGAGGGAGCGGAGGGAGCUCAUUCGGAGUCAGGCUGUGAAGAAGAAUCCUGGCAUCGCUGCCAAGUGGUGGAAUCCUCCCCAGGAAAAAACUAUUGAGGAACAGCUGGAUGAGGAACAUCUGGAGUCGCACAGAAAGUACAAGGAGCGCAAAGAGAAAAGGGCCCAGCAGGAGCAGCUACAGUUACAGCAGCAGCAGCAGCAGCAGCAGCAGCAGCAGCAGCAGCAGCAGCAGCAGCUGCACACGUCCCAAGCCUGCACAGCCACAGCUGCUCACGAACACCUUGAUGGCAUUGAACACACAAAGGAGGAUGUCGUCACUGAGCAGAUUGACUUCUCAGCUGCACGCAAGCAGUUCCAGGUGAUGGAGAAUUCCAGGCAAACACUGGCCAAGGGCCAGAGCACACCGAGGCUGUUCUCUAUCAAGCCUUUCUACAAACCUCUUGGAUCCAUCAACUCGGACAAGCCACCGACCAUCUUGCGACCAGUUACUAUGGGGGGAACUCCGGACGACAGUGGCACACAGGCAGGCAAGGAGCAGAAAGCAACCUGUGUAUCUGAGAGCCAGUCUGCAGGAGCAGGUCCAGGUAACGCUGCCACUCAGGGAAAGGAAGGACCAUACAGUGAGCCUUCCAAACGUGGGCCCUUAUCAAAAUUGUGGGCAGAGGAUGGAGAGUUCACAAGUGCCAGGGCCGUCCUUACUGUAGUCAAAGAUGAAGAUCAUGGGAUUUUGGACCAGUUUUCAAGAUCGGUCAAUGUAUCUUUGACCCAGGAGGAGCUGGACUCAGGUUUGGAUGAGUUGUCAGUGAGGUCUCAGGACACCACUGUCCUGGAGACUCUGUCCAAUGACUUCAGCAUGGACAACAUAAGUGACAGUGGAGCUUCCAAUGAGACACCCAAUGCCCUUCAGGAAAACUCACUGGCUGAUUUCUCUCUGCCUCAAACUCCCCAAACAGACAACCCCUCAGAGGGCCGAGAAGGGGUCUCCAAGUCAUACAGCGAUCAUGGUUUCUAUUCUCCUUCCUCCACACUGGGAGAUUCCCCAUCCGUUGAUGACCCCUUGGAAUAUCAGGCUGGGCUCCUGGUGCAGAAUGCCAUUCAACAAGCCAUAGCCGAGCAGGUGGAUAAAGCUGAGCAGCACACCAGCAAGGAGGGAUCAGAACAGCAGGAACCUGAAGCAACGGUAGAGGAAGCUGGAAGCCAGGCCCCUGGCUCUGAGAAGCCCCAGGGCAUGUUUGCACCACCUCAGGUGUCCUCUCCUGUUCAAGAGAAAAGGGAUGUGUUACCAAAGAUCCUCCCUGUGGAGGACAGGGCACUCAGGGAAAAAGGGCCCUCCCCACCACCCACAACUGUGCAGCCCAGCGGUCCAGUCAACAUGGAAGAGACCAGGCCUGAAGGAGGGUACUUCAGCAAAUACUCAGAGGCAGCUGAGCUGAGAAGCACAGCCUCCCUCCUGGCUACUCAAGAGUCUGAUGUCAUGGUUGGGCCCUUCAAACUGAGGUCAAGGAAGCAGCGGACUUUGUCCAUGAUUGAAGAAGAGAUCCGGGCAGCCCAGGAAAGGGAAGAGGAGCUAAAGCGGCAGAGACAAGUGAGGCAAAGCACCCCAAGUCCCAGGGCCAAGAACGCCCCAUCGCUGCCUUCUAGAACCACCUGCUACAAAACUGCUCCAGGGAAAAUAGAGAAAGUCAAACCUCCUCCAUCCCCCACAACUGAAGGUCCCAGCUUGCAGCCUGACUUAGCCCCCGAAGAGGCUGCCGGAACCCAGCGGCCCAAGAACCUGAUGCAGACCCUCAUGGAAGACUAUGAGACACACAAAUCUAAAAGGCGCGAGAGAAUGGAUGAUAGUAGUUACACCUCUAAGUUACUGUCUUGCAAGGUGACUUCCGAGGUCCUGGAGGCCACACGGGUUAAUCGAAGAAAGAGUGCUCUGGCCUUGCGCUGGGAGGCAGGGAUUUAUGCCAACCAGGAGGAAGAAGACAAUGAAUAAACUUCCUUCAGCCCAGGAAACUCCUUUGCUGUAGGAGUUUCCACAAAGAAACCAAGAAAUUAUUGAAUCAGAAGCAUUUUAAUAGACUACUUAUUAAACUGCAUACAAACUCAACAACCCUCAUGUAGACCAGAAGCUGCAAUACUCAAUGAGAAAAAAAAAUAAAACAAAACAAAAAAGCAAAGUGAAGUGAACAAGAAGUUCACCCAUCAAACUCAGACCAGGGGCAGAGGAGAAAGGAUAUCUUUGUGACUCAAAGGAACUCCUGGCUUUGGACCAUUCCACAACUGAUCCAAAGGGACACAGACAUGACAAACAAGUCAAUAUAGUUGCUGCAGGCAGAACUGAAGCCAGCCUUGGCUGGAUGUUUCGGAGGAGCAGACAGUGAUGUGUCCAUUCCAAGGCAGCCAACAGGGCCCAGGCUGGUACAGCCUACAGCACACAGGCUAUCCCCUCCACACCAGCUUCCCACCCCUUUUUCACUUGAGGCAUCAGAAGUGUUGGGCUGACUCCAUUUUCUCCAGCAGCCAUAAAAACGAAUGGUGUUUCUUUCCGUAGCUGCCCCAUGCCUCAUGGGGGGCCAUGAGGAUUCAAUCUCUUUUACAUUGGGAACACCUAAUGGUCACAAUAUAUAAUGUCUGUAUUUUUAAGGCAAUAUCUCUUCAUGUUGCAGAUGCAAUCUAUUCUACAGGAGGAGGUUGAGAACCGUGGGGGAGAGAGCCAAACCAAAAGGGUUAUUAGCUUUAGGACCUUGUCUGCUUUUACCGUUGACUGAUCAGUUUAGGGAAACACACUUUCACGAUUACGUUUCUUCAUAUGAAAAGUAUAUUUAGUGAGCAAUGACUAUUUUUAUGAUGGGACUGGGGGAACAGGAACACGGAUAAAACCUGUACACAUUUGAACAGCUUGGUUCAAGAUGGUAGGGGUAUUCUUAGAAUGGCAAUAAUUGAAAAUAAAAGGGGGGCAGACUCUGCCUUAGAAAGGUAGAUGGUCAGAAAUAAGGUGUUUAUACCUAUUUUCUAUUUUAAAGUGGGCCUUAGAGGUGGUUGUGGUGUAGGAUGAAUUGUUUGGGAUCUGAGAAAGGCAACCUUAAACUCAUGGAGAUAGAAAGAGAAAGGAGUGAGAGGGACACAGAAUGGGAAAGGAAGAGAGGAGAUUAUUUUUGCUGAACAACCAGUGUUUUUCAGGAUGACAAAGAAAAAAUAUAGAAAUUUAAGUGCAAACAUGGAAUCAGCUACAAAGCCUAAAGACAGGGUGUAUGCCUGUGUGUGCUUGUAUAAAGUUUGUGUGUAUGUGAAUAAAGGUAUGCCAGUGUGUGUGUGUGUGUGUGUGUGUGUGUGUGUGUGUGUGUGUUGGCCGCAACACAUGAGUGUACAGUAUUUCCUCUGUAGCUGUCUAUCAGCUUCAGGAGUGAGUGACAAUUUUCUUUUUUUAUGAAAAGGGAUAUAAAGGCACAGGGCAGAUGCAGUAUUUCUAAUAUUGAGCUGACCUAACAUGGUAUUUGCAUGAGUCACAGUUGUGAAGUUUUGAGCAUUUUGUAUUGAUAAUUUGACAUUUAGAACACACCCUAUUUAUUCUCAUGCUUUGUGUCCCUGUCUCAUGUACCACAGAGGAUGCCAGCUUCACUCUUUCUGUCAUUUUAAGCAAUAUGAUAAAGACGUUCACCAGUCAGGAGCCCUGAGUCUCUGGAUGAGAAAAUGUUUCAUUUCUGGCUUCGAAGGGGAGGUGGGAGGAGGGGGAGAAGGUGCGGAAGGGAAAGGAGGAAGAAAAAACAGAAUUAACCAGCCUUCAUUAUUUUUCCUUUAUUUUAAAGCUAUUUCUUACAAACAAUAAUUAAAUCUGACCUUGCUAAAAUUCAUUUUGUUUUUAUGUUAUUAUGUCAUAAUGUCUAAUAUGUUAUUCUAAUAAGUAGUGACUCUACAAUAUUUAUAUGUACACUUGUACACUCCACACAUUAUCUUUGCUUGUUUUUUUGUUUGUUUGUUUGUUUUUUGCUUUUUUUUUUUUUUAAGACUAGUGUUGGCUUUGGGGGAAAGCUUAUUCACUGAUAAGUAGUGGGCACAAGGUAAAAAGAUGGAGUUGUCUCAUGGCUUAUAAGGAUGUCUAAAAGCCGCCAAGGAAACAAGGCAGAUUCUGCAGUCGCUAGCCAAAAUCGUGCAUUGGAAGUGCGUGUUGUCUUUAGACAGUUCGUUCUUUUAGACAGAAUAUUAUUAAAAAUGCUAGCCUCUGAGGACAGAAAGCAAAGGCAGAGAACCCUGUUGCAAGAAAUAUGCUUUAUGGUGAGGGAGACAGGCCCAGAAGCAAAUGUCCCAGAACGUGACAUCCAUGUCAGACUAGAAGUCCCACUAGGUAGAUGGGCACACUGGAGAAGGGUCAUCUUUGUCUAAGGAUUUCCAGCUGGAGGCCCCAAAUGUCUGGCCUGUUUACACAGUGAGAUGAAGGUGUCUUCCUUAGGGAAACACAGGGAUCAGGAUGCAUGGGGUGAGGGGGGGAAGGGUAGCUGCACUGUCGGGGCAUCCCCACCCCCGUGAACAGGGGCAGUGAGAACUGAUGGAGAACAGGAUAGUACUGUGAGCUAUCCAUGUCUUCUGGUAUCUGCUAGAGACUGGAAGCAUCACAGACCAGCUUGCCCGUUUUUUCACAAAGGGAAACAGUCCUCAUGACUUCUGUAAAUUUCUUGUCUUGUUUAGAAGGGAAAUGUGGACCCUCGUGGAGGUUACACUGAGGAAAGAAUUAGCACCCGGAGCCCACACAUUUCAUGGAGUGCCUUCGGUGGUAGAUGAAGUGGUCUUUUGACGUUGAGGGAUUAGACUCCAUUAGUAGGUGAGGAGCCACCGGGUCUCUUCCUGGUCACAAGGCUUUUAUCACUGGUCUCUCCAUUUCCAAGUUUCACUCUGAACUUCCCUCCAAAGACUGCCAUCUGUUUUCUCGCUCUCCUCCCUGACAGUUCUAGUAUAUUCUAUUAAGAUGGAAAUCACAGCUCUAUCCAAGAGCCAGCUUUUCUCUGUGUUCUUGGGGGGGGGGGGGGCAUUUUUUGAUGGGGGGGUGAUUUUGUUUUUUGGUUUUUUUUUCUCAUUCAGGAAACAUUUGAGCCAUUGCUUUGGACAUAUCACUGUGCUAGGCUCUAGGAUCCCACGUGGGCCCCUGUCACUUUCCCAGUAUGGCGCAGAUCCCAGAUCCUGGAGGAAAGUCUUUCUGCCCCAUAAGCCUGAGAUGAAGAGGCUCCUCAUUAGUUUUGCCUCGGAUGCUCGGCUCAACCCUGCACCAGUACACAAGCUUGUUAGUCUCAGCUGUAAGAAAUGCUUAGCCUUCUGUAGAUGUUAAAAACCCUUCCUGAAGGGAUUCCACACCACAGUGUUUAUACUCCAGAGCACUUUCCUCCAGAGCCUACGACUUGACAGCCUUGGCUUUCUCAUCUAGAAAUGAGGGAUGCGGGGUCUGUCAGUGGCAGAGGCUGGGCAGCACUUAGAUGACAAUGGUGCAUGUCCCUUCCGCUUACCCAUGCAUGCUGCCCACCCUAGGCAAUGGCAUAGAAACAGUAUAUAGACCAGUGUGUACACACACACACACACACACACACACACACACACACACGAAUAAGGAACACCAAAACAGUGUUGAUUGUUGUGUUUAAAGAUAUGUUUUUUUUUUUUCCACCUGAAGAAUGGACUUAAACUGUGUAUUGAAAAAACAAUAGCCUAAUUGUUAGAGAUGCUGAAUGUAUCCAGUUUCAGUUACAGAAACAAUUUCCUGAAGUUUAAGCAUUCAGUGAGCUGCCAAUUUUGAUUUUGUGUUGCUCUUUAUCCAAAUGGCUUCUGCUUUUCUUAUUUUUUUUUUUUUUAAUUGGAGGAAGUGGGGGGGGGGGAGGCGGGGAGCAGCAAUACUGUGUUUGAAAAUUUAUAUUCUGUACCUGGCUUUCCUGUGUUAUGUUAACCACUCCAAUGUUUUUAUUCUGCUUUGGUUUUAUAGUGUCUGUGAGGCAUUUGGUGCAUCUAUACAGUUAUUUUCUCAUUAAAACCCGAUGUGUGUGGUGUUU